AUGUCAUACAACAACAUUUACUCUCGGAAUCCUUUGUUCAUGGGGCCACCCAGGACCCUAACAACACACCCUGGACAGACUCAGUCGGUCCACACACAAGGCUUGGGUUUCCCUGCCCAGCCUCAAGUCCAGCCAGCCUACUACCCAGGCAUGGCUUUCGCCCCCCCGGCUGGUCAGUUCCAGUCUCCCCCUCCCCCUCCUCCGGCUGGUCUGUACCAGCCUCAAGUCCAGCCUAAUUAUCACCUGGACUUUAACUUCGAUCUCCAGCCUGUUGACAUUCAGGCUGGUCAUAUGCACGCUGGUCAAGCCCAACCAGCUUAUAGCUCAGGCUUGGCUUACCCGGUCCAGCCUGGCCAGGCCCAAGCUUGUGCCCCAGCUGCCGCUCCCCUUGACCAGCCACAUUCAAGCUCACGUAUCACCGACGGAGACGGUCCCCCAUCGGACGACGCAGUUCGUCGUAUGGCGCGUCAACUCCAGCGCUUUUACGAGAGUCCAAAGACGCUGGGGAAUAAGGACCUGGUCAGCGAGGAUGACAUCAAGCUGGCCAAGAGCCUCGAUCCCCGCACCAGCACGUACGAUGGUGGUAGGUGGCCGGCUCACUGGAUGAGGGUUGAUGGAAGGGAAAGCUUCAUCGAGGAGCUGGGCGCCUUCCGAAUCUUCGGAAGCGGUCUCACUGUGCCUCUGGUCGAUCCCGAACUCGGACAGGGUCCUGCGCCUGUAGCGCCGGCUGACCAUCCCCAUAAUGAUAGGGGGGUAGCCGCCAACGCCAUCAUUAUUCCUGAUGAUGAGGAGAUGGCCAACGAUAUGCUGGCCUACGGUCAGGAGAUGCCCGACUUGCCGGCUGAGAUCUUGUUUGAUGAGGACUAUAUGCCGGCUAAGACCUUCGUCAACGGGGUGGACGACGAGAUGCCGGCCGAAGAUGAGGAGAUGGCCGAUGCUGGGGAGGUGGCCGGCAAUGGGGAGAUGACCGACGAUAUCGUCGGUAGUGAUGAGAACUUGGCCGCCCCUGCGCCAGCUGAGGACUUCGCUGAGGAAGUCCUCGAUGAGCAGGAUCUUUUUUUGAAGGCCGCACUCUUAAAAGCAUUGGGUCGUACGGAGUGA